AUGGCCCUCCAACCCUCCCUUUCUGCUCCUUCGCGUCACAGCGAGAGCGACGGCGUAACCGUCGUCAACGAUCACACAUAUCGGUCCAAUGGGGCUGCCAGUAAGCAGCCGGCCCUCACCAAGGCUUUGUACAAGCCUCUUCCGGGUUCGCGCACCGAGACCGUGCAUCUCCCUUUCGUCGACGAAGCAUCCUACCUCGAUACUAAGCGCCCCUUCGUCGUCCCUAUUGGCACCGGUGGAGUCGUACAGGCGCUUCGCGAGCUCAACACCGAGCUGGUCGCUGCCGGUCAUAACUCGAUUAUCUCGGACAAGAGGCCGCACAACUAUGUCGGCCGCGAAGUCAAUCCAGGCAGCUUUGGCGUGUACGAGUUUGCGUCGGGCCCCAAACUGCUCCUCGACCCCGGCCGGUACCCCGGCCUUCCGUUGGCUAAUUGGAUUGGAUGCGAUUGGCGUGGAACAUACGACCUCGCCACAAACUUCCCGCCUCUCGGUCAGGGGAGUGGCGGGCUCGUUGCCGACGAGAAUAUUCAGCGACUAGGCCUCACCAUUGUCCAGGUUUCGCAGAACCAGGCUGCCGUGUGCCUCGACCCCCAAAUGCGCGUGUUCGUCAUUAGCGACCGCGGUUUCGUCGCCAUGGCCACAACGGGCGCGUACAAGGUCCUCGGACUCAUUGACCAGACACAUCUUUCCGAGUCGGUUGUCGACCGAUACUCGAAACAUGUGCUCGGACACACCCAGAGUGUCCGUCUCCCCAACAAAUACGUCGCCGCCACCUUUCUCGAUAUUCCCGCAAACCAUGCGGUAGUACUCCAGCGCGGUGACGAAAUGUUCCAGCUCGGAGCCGGACAGCAUUUCGUCACCACUCCCGGUGUGUCGCUCCGUGGCUUCUUCACCAUGGGCGAAGUACAGAUCGAACUCGAGUGCGACAACGUCUACACUCGUGACCAGGUACCUGUCUGGCUCCGCCUGUACCUCCGGUACCAGCUACAGCAACCUCUGCAGCUAGCACAGCACGGGUACCCGACACCGUUUGAUGCACUUCAGGACAAGGCGCGGAGUAUUCUCACCCAAAUCGUCGCGCAUCUCGACUACAGUACAAUGGCUCGGACGCGCAACGCUGCUCCCGAACUACAGGACGGCGGCGACGACGAUGUUGGAGCCGUCUUCGUCUCUGCUGUCCGCACCCAGGCAAUUGACGAGCUCAAGGUCGUAGCUUCCGAAUACGGUAUUCGGCUCGAGGACUUGGCCAUCAUCGACCGCAAGUUCAAGGGCGAGAUUGCUGCCAAACUCGAUAGUCUCACAACCCGCGCUCUUGAAGCCCAAGUCGAAUCUGCAAACUUGGACCGUGAGAACGCCAAUCGCGCAUUGAAGCAACAGGGUGAAGCGCGAGUCCUGCAGCUCCAGAACGCCAUGAAACGCGCCACCGUCGAAACCGACAACAUGAACGCCAUUGCCCGCGCUCGCGCAAAGGCCGAGUCUCUCACAAUCGAGGCAGAGGCAGAAGCCACGGCAAUCAAGCUUCGCGCCGAAGCACAGGCCGAGGCAACGCGGAUUCAGGCGCGCGUGGAUGCCGACAUUCGCGACGAGUUUGCCCGCAACCUCGCACAGGGCCGUCUCGAGGUCGAGCGCACAAAGGCGUACGGUAACGGAACCGUCUUUGCGCCCAUGGACGCCCUCCGGUCCGCCGGAAUGGUGGGCAUGGGCAUGUUUGGUCCGCGCCCCAUGCCAGCACCGGCGUCGCCUGGCGCAUCGGGCACUGUGUCGCGCAAGUAG